AUGAUGAAUACAUUAUUUUUUGUCUUGUGUUUGGUGGCUACCGGGGCUAGCCAUUUAGUUCAUGGUAUUCAAAAUACACAUAAAGAAGAUCAAGAGCUGGAAAGACAAUUAAAGCUCCUAAACAAGCCACCAGUCAAGAGUAUUCAUACCAAGUUCGGAUACAUUGUUGAUUGCAUUGAUAUUAACAAGCAACCAACAUUUGAUUAUCCUUUGUUAAAGAACCACAAGUUACAGUAUGCACAGGCAUCUCUUACACCAUUGGCUGGUCCUUAUUAUGGAGUUAGUGGACAAAAUAGCGUUUAUAAUCCAAAAGUUCAAAGAAAGGAUCAAAUCUCUGCUUCUCAUUUAUGGGUUCAAAAUGGACCGAUACACGCUGUUAAUAAAAUCACGUUUGGAUGGCAAGUGGAUCCACAAUUAUAUGGUGGUGAUGAAGGAACUUAUGUUUACGCAAGAUGGAACGGAGGAUGCUUCAAUAUAUUAUGUCCAGGUUUUGUUCAAAUUCACAAAGGAUACUAUCUUGGUGCACUUGUGACCGAUACAUCUAUAUAUGGGGGAACAAUGGUUGAGUAUAACCUUGCUAUUUAUCAGGAACAACGGACAAAAGAUUGGUGGUUAAGGAUGGGAAAUGAAAAUAUUGGAUAUUUUCCAGCAAAAUUGUUUACCACUAUGUUUUCAGCUAAUAUAGUGGGGUGGGGUGGAUCAACAAGAACUCCUCCUGGUAGUCCUAGUCCCCAAAUGGGAUCUGGAUAUUUUCCCGAUGAUAACUUUGUUCAUGCAUGUUAUUUUAGGCAUGUUGGGUUUCAAAAUACAUCAAGACAAUAUUACGGACCCCCAAAAUAUACUGUAAACACAUAUAAUGAUAACCCUAACUGUUUUGGUGUUGAAUACUACGGAGAUCAAAAACGAGAAGUUGGAUAUUCUCUUCAAUUUGGAGGACCCGGUGGAAAUUGUGGAAAUUAA